CUCAGUCGUUGUGCGAACCCGAUACGCGCGGCUUCGCUUCACUUCGUUUCGCUUUUCAUGUGGAAUACUUAAACUCGACUAUUCGAUAGCAAACUACUUAACUUUCGCGAAUCCCCUCCAACCCGAUUCACGAACUUUAUACGAUUGUUCGAUCGAUACUUCGGGAUACUGAUACUUGAAAUUGAUUGAAGAAAAAAAGAAAAGAAAAGAAAAGAAAAGAUUUUUCAUUGUUUCGUGUUCAUAUCUUAUUCGUUAGUUAAUCGAUUGAUUCGAUUAAUUGAUUAGAUUUGUUUAGUUUUCAUUUUUUAUCGUGUCUCAUUUCUGUUUCUUUUUUUUUCACGACGAACGAUCUUUCCGGCCUAUCGUAAAAACAACAAAAUUUGAAGGGAAUUAUCUAUCCUUGCGACUUUUUUUUUCUUAUUAGUUCUUUCUAACUCGAAACACUUUUUGCAAGAUUUUUUCACUCCUUGCAGCUUUUUUUCUUUUAUUUUUUUUCUCUUCCCUCGUUUCGAUAUAUCUCUAUACAUCUAUAGACGAUCUAAUGAAAUUAGAUUUAGUUUUUUCGAUGAAAAGUGUAUAUUAGAACGUGUUGUCCAUGUUACAGGUAAUAUAAUCAACCGUGCGUAAUAGGAGAUAUACUGUAAUUAACUCCUUUCGAUAAUAGAUUAAUCAUUUCGUUGCUAAAUACGUUCGAGUAAUUUCAAGUGCGUCGAUAAUAUGGGCCGAUCCGUGUUAACAAAUAAUUAACGUGAAUCCAAUCGGAUCUAUCUUGAAAGUAAUAGCCGAAUCAAAAUUAAAUCGUGCAUUGAUCCAUAUACACGUAAUAGGAAGUAACGCGUUCACGCGUAUUAGCUGUAUCGAAAAGGUCGAACAAGGACAUCGAGCAACAAGAGCGAAAAAACAAACGAACAAACUAACAAACAAGCAAAAAAACGAUAAUAACAAUAACAGGAACAACAACUAAGAAGAAAACUUAUUGAUAAAAAAUACAAAGGAAACGUUUUUACAGAGGUCAUUGUCGAUCGUCUCUAGGUCUUACAAUAUCCUUGAACCAAUGUCGAACUCAGUACGAGCGUAGACAUCACACAGGAUUAAGUUUCACACAUAAAUAUCGUGAUUGAUUAUGGAAAGUUGAAGAAGAUGUUGACGAAAGCGUGUUUACCCGUACUAAUCGUAACGAUUUCUUUCAAUCUGAUCUAUUCGACGAAUGCAAUAAAUACAACGAGCUCUCUGCAGAGCGAAAAAAGUGACGAGGAUGAUACGAGAGAUGUUAUCAGACGUGGAGAAUUCGUAACGGACAUCCUUGCACAAAACGGUGGUAGUGCUGUACUUCCCUGCAAAUUCACCGAUCCCGGAAUAAUAACAUGGAUAAGACGAAAGGACAAACAACUUUUGACAUUAGGAAAACUCACGUAUUCCAUAGACACGAGAUUUAUCGUUUUACAGGAUAAACCUAAUUGGAAUUUAUUGAUUAAAAACGUUAAACAAGAGGACGCUGGUAUCUACGAGUGUCACAUACAAACGGAACCAGUGAGACAGCGAUUGAUACGUCUGAACAUUACCAAUGCCUACUCCGUUAUACCAGGAAGUCCAGAUUUACACGUCAAACAAGGCUCGAACUUACGUUUGGAAUGUCGAUUGAUGGCGUUCGCAGAAACACCGAGUUUCAUAUUCUGGUAUCGCGACGAUCGUAUGAUCAAUUACGAUGACGAGCCUGGGGUUAAGAUCGAAGCUACGAAAAAUGGAUCUGUACUUCUCGUAGGUAACGUUAGAUUAUCCCACGGUGCUAAUUAUACUUGCUUACCGAGCAAUGCAAGGCCUACUUACAUCAGAAUACACGUCAUCGAAGAGGAAGAAAAUCCAGCAGCGAUGCACGAUAGUGGCGAUCGAAGAAGUUCUACAUCUAACACAAGAAACAACGUUGGCUAUUUUUACUUUCUAAUAUUUUUUUCUCUCGGAGCUUUCGAAUUGAUCUUUCCGAAAACUUACUUAUUAACAACGUGACUGCCAAUUUCUUUAUCUCAGUCUUUCUAAUAUCUUUUAUCGACGUAAGUUUUAUCAAAUAUUAUCUAUAAUCGGUGAUCAUCGACGUUAUAAAAACGAUCGUUUUAUCAUUGAAAUGAUUAAUGAGAAAAAAAUUAUUAUUUCUCAAGAGUUAUCAAAGGAUAAAAAAGAAAUGUUUAAAAACGAGAUUAUAAUUUGUUUAAUUGAAAUAAGAUAUCUCUGUAACAUUAGAAUAAUCUAAUUCGAUUCGAAGACUCUUACAAAACAAAAUAUUCUAAUAAGCUUUGAAAAUUCGUCGUAAUGUUAACUCGUUAAACGAUUCAUCGAAAUCGUUAAUUUCUUACGGAUGAUAUAAUCAAGAGAAAGAAAAAAAUCACGUACAGAUGCAAUCCUUAAAACUAUGACAAAAUGAAAUUCUAAUUCUAAAACAAAACUCAUUAUCAAACUUGUAUUAACUAAUUCUUUCUGAAAUUUAACUCUUAAAGGGAACACAUCAAAGUAUUCAUCGGGAUUAUUGAUUUCUUACGAACGAUUAAUAAAAAGAAAAUCGUUUAAUGAUGCAAUAGAAAAAAAAAGAAAAAAAAAGAGGGAAGAAAGGAAAGAAAAAAACAGAAAAAUAAAAAAAAAUAGAAUCUCUUACGAAUCAAUCCGUUUGCAAGGACAGUCUAAGAUGAGAACUUAGGGAAAUUCGCUAUGAAGUUAACUCAAAGGAUACGUUUCGAAUUUCACAAGAGUAUGUAUAUCGUUUCUCUCAUAUACGUGUUUAUAUGCGUGUGUAUAUGUAGCCUAAUACAAUAUCGAAAACUUCCGACGCCAUUAUUAAGGGAAAACUUCACUCUCUCUCAUAGUGAAGUUACGUGGUUAUAACUUUUGACACGCGUUACAAUUCGCCGUCUCGACGAUACUAAACUUUCCGCCAUUUUUGUCGUCCCUUCAUCCCUCACACCCCUUACACUCGAUCCCUGAAAACCCUCGUCGAACGAGAUGCAAACGAGAAACGAUACGUCGACGUCGAGGCAACCCUAUUGUUAAGGGCUUUAAAAUACCCUAGUUAGAAAAAAGCUCUGGUGGAAAUUUUUCAUUUCUUGUUUUUUACUUUUCUUUUUUCUCUUUUUCUUUUUUUCUUUUCGUAAUUUUUUUUUCGGAGCUGACAGAGGGAGGGAUCUGGAUGAAGAAAUUUCAUUUCUUUUUUCCCUUACUUUUUUUGGUUAUCCCUUUUUUUUCUUCUUCUUUCUUUUUUUUCUUCUCUCUCACUCUCUCUCUCUUUUUUUUUUUUCCUUUCCAACCGUGGUGUUCCACCGUUCCCUCCAUGCGCGUCUAAUACGAAAGUAUUGUAUAAUGCAUUACUUUAUGUCAGAACAGUCACGCGCUUCGCAGCACGAUUUUUCGCAGUUAGCUGGGCACUUUAUUAAAUUCCACGCUACCCGGCGCGACGUCUUGAAUGCGUUUUAAUUAAUCCAGUAAUUGAAGGUAUAUCGCGGCAGAAGCGAAUCAUAAUUUUCUACCUCAUUGAAAAUCUUCCCUCAUAUUUUAGAAUCUAGAUCGUCCGAUAUGACAUAGAUAUUCCAUUGAUACAUGGUAAUUAACAUUUAUUUAUUAUCUUCCAUUGGUGACAAUUAUUCUUACCUAUGUAUAUCCUUUGAAUGGAAAAGAAAAGAAAAGAAAAGAAAAAAAAAAAACCCCAAAAAAAACAUCCUAGAUAGCCAUAGUCCUUUCGACGAAAAAGCAUGAUCGUUUUUAAAACCACUGCUGAACAAAAACAUCAACAGCAACAACACAACAACAAAAUUGACCUAUGUCUAUGUAUAAUGUGUUCACUGAUAUAUAUGUAUAUAAACUAUGUAACAAUCUCGA